AUGGCCGUUGCCGCGUCUAGUGCCAGUGUUUUCAAGUCAACAGUGGAACAGUUCGUGGACUCCGUCUUCGCCGCCGCCAACGACGGGGGGGAGAACCCUGUCAUUUUGUCACCGGGGGCCAGCGGCUUGGUUGUGCUGUUCCAGGCGGAAGGCGUCGAGGUGUCCGAGUGCGCCAUCGAAGCGGUCUUCCAGAAAAACGGAUGGGCCCCCGAGAAAUCGCUCGCCAAGACGGAGUUGCGUGCUCUCGCAGGUGAGUUCCAGACCUCGUUCACGGCUGUUCUGGGCGACGACGCAGCGCCUUCGGGCGCGGAGGAGCGCAGCGUGGUGGUGGAGACGAUUGCGAGUCGCCUCAGCCGCGGCACUUUCCCACCGGUCCUGCCGACCGAUUUUCAGGAUGCAGGAGAGGCAGCGGGUGCCGCACAGACCUGGGAAGCAGUUUUGGAAGUCGAGUACGUCGAGCUGCAGUCGUUCAUCGACGCACACUGGGCCACCUACCGCGAAACGUUGCCGGCAAACCCUUCAGUGAGUGAGGACACGCGGCGGGCAGAGUUCAUGCACGACAAGUUUUACGACUUGUGCAACGACUUCCAGUGCGCGCGUUCACUGGAGGAGAGGAGGUUCCGCCAUCGCUACCAGGGCGACGUGUUUCUGCCAGUGAUCGCGGUGGCGAGCAUUGGCUGUGAGCUGAAGAGAACGGACGCUGCGGAGACUGUCGGCGGCAUGACUCGCGACCUCAUCGACGCGCUGGACGCCGAGCUGUGGUCCAAGUGGGGCGACGCCGAAAAGGUCGCGAAGUGCACGAAGAUGAGCAUGCAGGACCUCUUCAGGAGGUUCCUGCAUGAAGAGUACUUCUUGUCCAUGCGCGCAGUCGUGCAGCAGAGCUCACUGCAACAGAAGAAGUUUACUCCGAAGGUGUUGCCCGGGGACGUCCCAGGUGGUGAUGUCGACGUGCUCCAGGCCAUCGUCGACCGCAUGGUUCCGGAGGACGGUGCGGCCGUUGAGGCUGUCGUUGAGAAGUUGUGGCAGGAGCGCUUGUCUGCGGUUCUGCCCAGCAUGCGCGCGUUCUUGCCGUCGACCCCGUCGAUGGACUUUUGGGCCGAAACUUACUACGUCGUGGCCUCGGAGAUCGUUGGAAAGCGGGCGAUCGCCUUUACUCCGAAGGUGCUACCCGAGGACGUCGCGGGCGCCGACGUUUUCGCUCUCCAGUCCAUCGCGGACCGCAUGUCUGCGGACGACGGCGCUGCUGUGGAGGCCCGCGUGGAGGAGAUGUGGCUGCAGCACGUUGCCGCGCUGCACCCGAGCAUGCGCGCUUUUUUGCCGAAGUCGCCGUCGGAGGAGUUUUGGACUGAGACGUACUACGUCGUGGCGGCGGAGGUACUGGAGGGUCGGGUGGCUGCGCGCGCGCCAGCGUCCAUGCAUGCUGGGACGCCCGCGGCCGCGUCCGCUGGCUCGGGCGCGCGAACGCUCGCGGCGUCGCUGAUCCUCAAGACGGUGUGCGGCGGGGCUUCGUCCAGUCCGGCGAGCAAGGUCAGACGCACCGAGGGCUCAAGGCUGAGCCACGGCGAGUUGGGAGUCGAGGGGGUGUUGGGCGAUUUGUCGGUGGAGGUUCGAGCGGCGGCUCCCCGGGCCGAUGCCGAAGAGUACAUCGGUAGCAUCGCGGUGUAUGCAGAUCGCAGUGUGGAGGGUUAUUUCGUGUACGAAGGGUACGUGCUGGCGCACGACGACAAGCCUCGGCCCGUCGGAAAGGGGGACGCCGGGAAGUCGCCAUCCAAGCGCAAGGCGAGCGCGCCCGAGAAGACGACGAUGGCCAUGGACGUGCUCGUCAUGGACCGCACGGGGCCUCUUAUCCUGACCUUAUGGGACGACGCCGUGAAGCAGUUCUUAGCAGAAGUGGCCGCCAAACAGACGGGAGCGAGGCGGGGCGGGCGGCCAGAUCAGCAGCAGAAGCCGAUCAUUCGCGUGACUAACGUGCGGGUGAGCAGCUUAUCCCCGAGCGACUGGAACGGGGCCAUGGUGACGCCGAUCCGCGCGCUGCACACGAGCUCGGCGCGGAGCCCGCUCAUGCCUGAGACCAAAGUAAUGGCGCUCGUGACGGCGUCGUCUCCCUUCAUGGCUCCUGGGCGUGCGUACGAGGUGCCGGCUCACGGCGUUUGCGUCGACUUCUUCGGCUUGAAAGACAGGUUGGAGGCACCAUUUCGGGGAACAUUCUCCGGCGUCGUGACAAGUGUGCAGGAGAUGGGCGCGACGACUGCUGGCAGUCCGAAGCGCGCGUUUUGCCUGGUGGAUCCUGCAGGAGCCUUCAUCCAGUGUUGCGCCGUGGGCCAUAACGCUGGCAGUCGGGCGCUCGCCGACGGCAUGCGCGCCGUGGUCUACCAUGGGACAGGGCGGGGGCCCAUUGGUAGCGCCCCGGGCAUGCUGUACCUUCUCAGGGACGCGCUUCUCAUGCCCGUCGCGCAGGUCGACGUUGUCCCGGAGCCGACCAUUGACAUCGCCAUCAAGUGA